AUGAGAGUAUCAGGUGUGCUUCGUGUCCUGGCCCUCAUCUUCACCCUGGUCACCACGUUGAUCUUUAUUCGCACCUAUAUGAGCUUCAACAUGAAAUCCAUCCGUCUACUACGCUGGCUGGCAGGCUCUGCCCCCAAGGAGACCCGGGUUGUGAAGACCAAGUGUGGCCUCAGCAAAUCCUGCCCAGCCAACUUCUUUGCAUUUAAAAUCUACAGCGGGGCCGCCAAUGUCGUGGGCCCCUCUAUGUGCUUUGAAGACCACACGAUCAUGAGUUCUGUGAAAAACAACGUGGGCCGAGGCCUGAACAUCGUCCUGGUGAAUGGAACCACUGGCACGGUGCUGAGACAGAGCACUUUCGACAUGUACUCUGGAGAUCCUAAGCUCCUGGUGAAAUUCCUUACAGAAAUUUCAAAGGGCAUGCUGGUGCUGGUGGCCUCCUAUGACGACCCAGGGACCAAAAUGAAUGAUGAAAUUAGGAAGCUCUUCUCCAACCUGGGGAGCUCCUAUGCCAAGCAGCUGGGCUUCCGGGACAGCUGGGUCUUUCUAGGAGCCAAAGACCUCAAGGAUAAAAGUCCCUUUGAGCAGUACUUAAAGAACGACCCAGACACGAACAAAUACGAGGGGUGGCCGGAGCUGCUGGAGCUGGAGGGCUGUGUGCCCCAGAAGAUGUACUAG